UAUGUUGCUACUGUUGUUGUCCUUAUGGAACGAAGAAAUACAGAACUGUAUAAUGCAAUUAUGAACGUGCGACGAUUAAGUCACUUAGACUUAAUUUUCCAGCCGCUCAAAUACAUGGAUGCGGUAGUGAAAUAUUGGGUAAAAUCCAGAAUUUCCGUACCUGACAGCUUUCUAUCGAUGUGUUUAGUGGUCCCAUUACUGCCAGCAUAUCUUUUUGAGGAAGCUGAGAAAUUCUUAAGAGACGUAGUAGCUGAAAACAGAUGGCAAAAUGAAGAUCCAAACAUUUUAUCAUUUCUCAGUUAUCUACACACAACAUGGCUUCGCUAUAGUAAACAUGUGAGCGUUUAUGAAUGUGAGAGUUUAACAACUGAUGGUGCUGAGAGUUUUCAUCGCCACAACAAAAUUAAAUUAGGUGGACGACAUCCAUGUAUUUGGACAUUAUCCGAUGGAAUUGAGAAAAUCUUGAUAGAUGAGGAGAUAAACUAUAAAAGAUUACUGACGACAGCUAAACCACCGAAGAGAAGAACACCACAGUACGUUAUUGAUAGACUAAAUUAUGUUAACAAUUUAAAAAGAAUGAUUAGCAAAGAAAAUCAAAAAUUUGAUGUAGCUACUUACCUAAAAAUGAUGCCUAAGUCGAUUGAAGAAUUGCUGUUUACUUUAAAAUUAAUCAUUGGAAAUGACAUUGACUUUAUUACAAAUGAUGAUUCGGUACCUCAUGAAUUAGAUAUACCUAAAAAAGAAGAAAUCAAAGGAGAUUAUCAACAAUUAUUAACAGAAGUUGAAGAAAUGAUACCUCCAAAAUCAUGCAAUCCUUUUAAGAAAAGCAGAGAACCAAUAAAUAUCUCACCAUUCUUUCCAACUCAAUCUUCAGCUUCAAAGUGUCAAGUGUCUCAAUCGUCCAAAAUACCAACAAAAUUUUCUAAUCCGUCUCUAAAAAAUAAAGAAAAAGCAGUUAAAAACUCACCACUUGUUUCACCAAAAUUCACUCAAGUAAUGACGAUAUCAGGUACUAAAUAUAAAAAACCUCCAUCCUCCACAGUAACAUCUCACUCGUUGAAAAUACCACAAAAACCUGAUAAUACAACUCUGAAAAAAAUCAAACUAUUAACAGCAACACCACUCGUUUUACCCAAGUCCAAUGAAAUAUUGAUGUCAUCAGUUACGAAUAAUAGAAAACCUCCAUCCUCCACAGUAACAUCUCACUCGUUGACAAUACCAGAAAAACCUGAUAAUCCAAUUCUGAAAGAAAAUAAACCAUUUUUUUUUUACAAAAUUCAGAAGAUUAUCAAAAGAAUAGAAGAAUUUCCACAUUUGAUGAAUUUCUUCGAGCAUACAAUACAUAUCAAUAUGUUCCUAUUCUUGACAAAAAGUUAA